CCUGAGGAGCUGGGGGUACGCCGGCCCGGUCAGGCCUCGGCGCGGCCUACGCGCUCCACUCGCUCGCUCGUCCGCUCGCUCCCGCCCGGCGCCUCGCCAUGGCGGAGCCUUCGCCGGCCCGACGUCCGGUGCCUCUCAUCGAGUCGGAGCUGUACUUCCUCAUCGCCCGCUACCUCUCCGCUGGCCCGUGUCGCCGAGCGGCGCAGGUGCUGGUGCAGGAGCUGGAGCAGUACCAGCUGUUGCCGAAGAGGUUGGACUGGGAGGGCAACGAGCACAACAGGAGCUACGAGGAAUUGGUCUUGUCCAAUAAACAUGUGGCUCCUGACCACCUACUACAGAUAUGCCAGCGCAUCGGUCCAAUGCUGGAUAAGGAGGUUCCGCCCAGUAUCUCAAGAGUCACUUCUUUGCUUGGUGCAGGAAGGCAGUCUUUGCUACGAACAGCAAAAGACUGCAGGCACACAGUGUGGAAGGGCUCUGCCUUUGCUGCUCUUCACAGAGGAAGACCUCCUGAAAUGCCCGUCAAUUAUGGCCCCCCACCGAGUCUUGUGGAGAUACACCGAGGAAGGCAGCUCACAGGGUGUUCCACUUUUAGCGCAGCGUUCCCAGGAACUAUGUACCAGCAUAUAAAGAUGCACAGGAGGAUUCUUGGACACCUGUCUGCAGUGUACUGUGUAGCAUUUGAUAGGACAGGACAUAGAAUCUUUACAGGUUCAGAUGAUUGCUUGGUAAAGAUUUGGUCAACACAUAAUGGCCGCUUGUUGUCUACAUUACGAGGCCAUUCUGCAGAGAUUUCAGACAUGGCAGUGAACUACGAGAACACGUUGAUUGCUGCAGGAAGCUGUGAUAAGAUCAUUAGGGUGUGGUGCUUGAGGACUUGCGCCCCAGUUGCUGUGCUGCAAGGACACACGGGGUCAAUCACAUCUCUGCAGUUUAGUCCGAUGGCCAAAGGACCUCAGCGGUACAUGGUUUCUACGGGUGCUGACGGCACUGUUUGUUUCUGGCAGUGGGAUUUGGAGUCCCUGAAAUUCAGUCCACGACCCCUGAAGUUCACGGAAAAGCCAAGGCCUGGUGUUCAGAUGCUGUGUUCUUCAUUUAGUGUUGGUGGUAUGUUUUUAGCCACAGGUAGUACUGAUCAUGUAAUCAGAAUGUAUUUUUUGGGAUUCGAAGCACCUGAAAAAAUCGCCGAGCUUGAAAGCCACACUGACAAAGUUGAUAGUAUCCAGUUUUGUAACAAUGGUGACCGGUUCUUAAGUGGUAGCCGAGAUGGAACAGCACGGAUCUGGAGGUUUGAGCAGUUGGAAUGGAGAAGCAUUUUACUGGACAUGUCUGCCAGGAUCUCGGGAGACACAUCUUCAGAAGAAGAGAGGUUUAUGAAACCCAAAGUUACAAUGAUUGCUUGGAACCAGGAUGAUAGCACCGUGGUCACAGCAGUGAAUGAUCAUGUCCUCAAGGUGUGGAGUUCCUACACUGGACAGCUGCUUCAUAACUUACUGGGACAUGCUGAUGAAGUGUUUGUUUUGGAGACACAUCCCUUUGAUUCCAGAAUUAUGUUAUCUGCAGGACACGAUGGCAGCAUAUUUAUAUGGGAUAUUACAAAGGGCAUCAAGAUGAAGCAUUACUUUAAUAUGAUCGAAGGACAAGGACAUGGAGCUGUGUUUGACUGCAAGUUUUCACAGGACGGACAACAUUUUGCCUGUACAGAUUCUCAUGGGCAUCUUCUGAUAUUUGGCUUUGGAUGCAGCAAGCCAUAUGAAAAGAUUCCUGAUCAGAUGUUUUUUCAUACUGACUACCGACCACUGAUAAGAGAUUCCAAUAACUAUGUCUUAGAUGAGCAGACUCAGCAGGCACCUCAUCUUAUGCCUCCACCAUUCUUGGUGGAUGUGGAUGGAAACCCUCAUCCAACCAAGUUCCAGAGAUUAGUACCAGGUCGAGAAAACUCAGCAGAUGAACAUUUGGUUCCACAGCUAGGCUACGUGGCCACAAGUGAUGGGGAGGUGAUUGAACAGAUUAUAAGCCUGCACACCAACGACAGUGGAGAUGCAAGCCCGGAGUCCAGCGUCUUGGAUGGCAUGAUUAGGCAGCUGCAGCAGCAGCAGGACCAGAGACUGGGAGUGGAUCAGGAUGGGACUGCAAAUGGACUUCCCAGUGGGGAAGGGACACCCCGAAGAGGGAGUUUUAGAAGACUGAGUUUAGACAUCCAGUCUCCUCCAAACAUCGGUCUCCGUCGGAGUGGGCAGGUUGAAGGUGUUCGUCAGAUGCAUCAGAAUGCUCCUCGGAGUCAGAUUGCUACAGAGCGUGACCUCCAGGCUUGGAAGCGGAGAGUAGUUGUUCCAGAGGCACCGCCCGGCAUGUUCAGGCGGUUGGAAGACAUUCGCAUAGAGAGAGGCGAGGAGGAGAGGAACCUAUAUGUAAUAGGGAGAAAGAGGAAGACUUUCCAGGUUCCACAAAAGUCCAAUUCGAUGGUUUUGGUGUCCCAGUCUAGACAACGGACGUGUAGGCGUAAAUAUGCAAAUUAUAGUAGAAGAAACGCUGACCAGUAUGAAUUAUCUUCUGGAAAUGAAUCUUCGGGCUCUGUUAGACAUGAGACAUCUUAUGAUCAGAGUGAAGGUUCUUGUUCUUCAGAAGAUGACGAGUGGAGAAAUGACAGAAGAAGUGGUAGUGACAGCGACAGCUCAAGUGACUCUUCAUCGCAGUAUUCUGAUUGGACAGCUGACACGGGGAUCAACUUGCAGCCUCCUCUCAGGAUGUCAUGUCGUCGUCGAGUAACUCGAUUCUGCAGUACUUCAGAGGAUGAAAUGUCCAUGGAGAACAUAUCACCUCCUAAACGAAGGCGUAAAAGAAGGAAAGAAAGCAAGCCUAAGAGGGAGAGUUUGCGAAGGAUGAGUCCAGCAGAACUUGCAAAUAUGGAAUACCUGUAUGAGUUUCACCCUCCUGUGUGGAUAACGGACACCACACUUCGGAAGUCUCCUUUUGUUCCUCAGAUGGGAGAUGAGGUGAUGUACUUCCGUCAGGGUCAUGAAGCUUACAUUGAAGCUGUCAGAAGAAAUAACAUUUAUGAGCUAAACCCUCACAAGGAGCCAUGGAGGAAAAUGGAUCUUAGGGAUCAAGAACUGGUCAAAAUUGUUGGCCUAAGGUAUGAGGUUGGACCACCAACACUCUGUUGCCUCAAACUAGCAUUUAUAGAUCCAGCAACUGGCAGACUGACGGAUAAGUCUUUCUCUAUUAGAUAUCAUGACAUGCCAGAUGUUAUUGAUUUUCUUGUGUUGCGCCAAUUUUAUGAUGAAGCAAGACAGAGAAACUGGCAGCCUUGUGACAGAUUUCGAUCUAUAAUUGAUGAUGCUUGGUGGUUUGGAACCGUGUUGAGUCAAGAGCCGUAUCAACCCCAGUAUCCUGACAGUCACUUCCAGUGUUACAUUGUUAGGUGGGACAACACCGAGACUGAAAAGCUUAGCCCUUGGGACAUGGAACCGAUUCCUGACAAUGUUGAUCCUCCAGAAGAAUUGGGAGCAAGUAUCUCUGUCACUUCAGAUGAGCUAGAGAAAUUGCUCUACAAACCACAAGAAGGAGAAUGGGGCCAGAGGUCAAGAGAUGAGGAGUGUGAGCGGAUCAUCAGUGGCAUAGACCAGCUUUUAAACCUCGAUAUAGCAGCAGCGUUUGCAGGCCCGGUGGAUCUGUGCACAUAUCCCAAGUACUGCACAGUAGUGGCUUAUCCAACUGAUCUCUACACAAUUCGAAUGAGGCUUGUUAAUCGAUUUUACAGGCGGUUAUCUGCAUUAAUUUGGGAAGUCCGAUAUAUAGAGCAUAAUGCAAGAACAUUUAAUGAACCGGAAAGUGUAAUUGCAAGAUCAGCUAAAAAAAUAACUGACCAGCUUCUGAAGUUUAUCAAGAAUCAAGAUUGUACAAAUAUAUCGGAACUAUGUAACACUUCUGACAAUGAUGAGGACGACAGUGCUGAUGAUUUGGAUGAUAGUGAUCUUCCUAAAACGUCUUCUGGAAGAAGGAAGGUCCACAACUGGAAAAGGAGGAGUAGAGCCAGCGGCUGUAUUGAGAGUGACUGGAGGAGGCAGUGCAAGGCCCUGCUUAUCCUCAUCUUCCAAUGUGAGGACUCGGAGCCCUUUAGACAGCCCGUGGACUUGGAUGAGUACCCAGAUUACCGAGAUAUUAUAGACACGCCAAUGGAUUUUGGAACAGUAAGGGAAACUCUAGAAGCUGGGAAUUACGAUAGCCCUGUGGAGUUUUGCAAAGACAUUCGAUUGAUAUUUAGCAAUGCAAAGGCAUAUACACCGAACAAAAGAUCAAAGAUUUAUAGUAUGACCUUGAGAUUGUCUGCUUUGUUUGAAGAAAAAAUGAAGAAAAUUUCCUUUGAUUUUAAAAUUGGUCAAAAAUUCAAGGAGAAACUUCGUAGAAGCCAAAGAUUCAAGCAACGACAAAACUGUAAUGGUGCUGUUCCUGGUGACAGGCGCACAAGAAAUGUCAAGCAGAAGCAGUUCAAAUCUCAGACAAAAGUAAUCCCACAGUUGAUGUGUCCUCCUUCUCAGUCUACCUCAAGUAAGGUACCUUUGUCUGCAACCCGCAAGACAAGUGCUGGUGUCUCUUCAGGCUUUACUUCUGGGGACUCUUCAGUCUCUGCAGGAUCGUUAGAAAGAGUCAGAAGGCAGAGGCCUGAAGUACUCAGGAGUGGUUCUGUGCUUUUAGGAAGUGAAAUGGAAGAUUUCUUAGCUACCUCUUCAUCUUCUUCAGCUUCAAACAGUUCAGAGGAGAGCAAAGCAAGUCCUGGAGCUCGAGAAUGUUCCUUGCGCAGUGGUGUGUUAAGAGGCAGCAACCUCAGGGUGACCAGAACAAGAGCUGCUCGGAGGAAAGCUGGUUCUGUUUCUUUAGAAAAUGGAUGUGGUAGAAAAGCCACUCGGAAGAGAGUCUACUUAAGUGAUUCUGAUAACAAUUCAGUGGAAACAGAUGAAAAUCUGAAAAAUAAAAAAUGUGGAAGCAGCCGGAAAGUUCUGCGGAAGUGUGCUGCUGUUGCUGCCAGCAAGAUAAAGCUGAUGAGUGAUGCGGAGGAUUCGAGCUCAGAGAGCCCCUGCUCUGGACGGAAGCUGCCACAUCGAAACGCAUCAGCUGUGGCCAGGAAAAAGUUGCUACACAACUCUGAUGAUCAGAGCCUCAAGUCAGAGACAGAAGAACUGAAAGACCACCAGAACCAAUCACUGUUGAUAUCCGGUCCCCAUACUGUCCACAACAGCAUCAGUGACUCGGAGUCAGACAGUGACUUGCGAGCAACCCGGAAGACCUGGAAUGCUAACGGCUGCACAUCCCACACUGCAGCAACAUGCAAAACCAAAUCUCGUCCAAUAGAGUCUUCUGAGGAAGAUUCAAGAUGCCAUGGAUCUGAUCAUGGGCCCAGCAGCACUGUGGACCCUUCAACAUCUGGGCAGAAACUUAGGGCAGAUAGCAUCUCUGAGGAAGCUGACUCUGAGCCAGAAAGCAGCGUGCUAUGCAAGAAUUCGCAUUUGUGUAAGAAAGCCAAGAUCUUGAGCGACUCAGAAGACUGUGAGGAAAAGUGUGCAGAAAGGAGAGGUCCGGAAGUGGAAGGAAGCCCAGCUUCUGAAGCCUUGAGGGAAGUCAUUCUUGCCCCCCAGUGUCUCUCACAUCAUGGAUCUGAGACCGAUGUGGAUUCUGAUGGCGGUACAGUGAGAGAGAAAUCACACAGCAAUGAAAACGAAUCUGUGUCACGAGAGGAUGGGCAAAGAAGGCAGGUUUCCCGGAAAAGGUUCUGUUCCAGUGACAAGGAAAGUAACCUACAGGUAACCCCGAAGUCACCCAAAGACAAAAGCAGCCCCUCGAGGAUUACUGAGAGUGCUAGUGUGGCUACUGACAAAAUGAAGCUCACAAGCGAUGCAGAAGGCGUCAGCCUAGAGAGCGUGUGCACUCGAAGCAAAAGGAGAAGGAAAAAGCCCGCUCGAUAUGCUUGUUCCCCAGCAAAGACUGCACUGAGUAGUGAGGAGAAACACGCACGUUGUGAAGUGCCAGAGGCACAGACUGCCUGCAGGAGCAAGCUCCCUGAGCCUGAACACCAAGAUAGUGCAGAGAAUCCCAGUCAGGCUGCAAGUGCAGACUUGAUUUCUGGAGGGGGCUCCAGUUUUGAACAAAGAAAAAGCAUACAGAACAGGCAAAUGGGCGCUGUCUGCGUAAGGCCACCUCCUAAAACCCAAAGCUCCUCUGCUGGGCCUUCUCAGGAAAACUCCAAAAGCCCAACCCUGGAAACUGAGAUUAGCUUGCCUUCUGUGUCGGUUUUGACCCAGAAAGCUACUGUAGAGAGUAACUUCGAAGAAGAACUGAACUAUGGAUUAAGAAGGUGGAAUGGCAGAAGGCUCAGGACAUACGGGAAGGCCCCACUCAGUAGGACAGCACAAGUUACUCCCAGUUUACAGGCCUCAACAGAGGUCGGGGUGAAGAGGAGGAGAAUGCAUCCUGAGGUAGAUGAUGAGGACGUGCCCGGACAAAUGGGGAGUUCAGGAUGUGGACCUGACAGCAGUCCUAAGGCAUCAGACUUGGGGUCAGUAACUGACUCUGAUGUUGACUGUACCGAUAACACAGAAACCCAAAGGAAGAAGAAAAGGAAAGGGAAAGCAAGAGUGCUUAGCAAAGAAUCUGUUCGUAAAGACAGAGAACCCCAUACAAAAAUGAGACCAUGUAUGCUUAAUGAGAAGGAUGCAGUACAGAUGCAUAGUGACACCCUGAAAGCAAAAACGGUGCCUGAGAAAGUCCCCCGCAGAUGUGCUACCGUUGCUGCAAAUAAAAUAAAGAUGAUGUGUAAUCUAAAAGAAGUGGUCUCAGGACCAGAGAAUGUCGGCAUUAGGACGAUCAGCAGAAAACUGCCCUAUCGACAAGCCUCUGCUGCGGCUAAGAAAAAGUUACUGAGUGUUUAUAAAGAGGAGGAUGCACCCAUACAUUCAGAGAACGAAAAGGAGCUAUAUCUUAGGCGGUUCAGAUCCCGGAAAGAAAAAGCCCAACCUACUCCGAGGUAGAAAGGUUACCGGAAGUGUCAGCAGCUCCAAUGCCUGCCCUGAAGUCCACUCCCAACCAUAAGCCAUCCCAGCACCUUUUGAACAAUUUUGUGAAAGCCAUUACUCUGGGUCAGAGUGGGAUGAUGGCUUCCAGUUAGCUCUACACAGCACAGCAUAGGGUGUUCCAAGGAGGUAGGAGAUGUGGAUUGUGUUGUCAGGUGAGAAAGCAGAAGGACCCACUUAAUGUAAAGCAAAGGCUUGAUGCAGCUUGGUCCUCUAGAGAAACAAUAAGCAUGUGGGAUAUAUGGGGAAACAAUGCUAAUUUCAACGGUUUGCCCUCACAGACUGAAAACUGGGCCAUUUCCAAAGGAGGGAGCAGUAAGCCCAUAUCACUGCUGAAUUUUAACUGGGUCUGAUUCAUGUAGCGCACAUCCCUGGAAACUGGGGGAGUAAAUCCCGGGGUGUUUCUGACUUCUGAAGAGGAGUGUGGGAAAGACUGUCAUUAAUGUCUUAUUUAUAACAUUGGAAUUCAUACUGAAUGAUAGCCACCUGGUAUGAGUAAUUCAGGGAAUGUAUCUUUCUAAGAAAGUUCUCAAUGUGACUAUUACACUUUAUUUCUUCUAUGUAGCAGCAAAGAUGUAAAGGCCAGACUUGUGGUCAGAAAUUAGAACAAGAUGCACUCAUCGCUUAAGGUGAUGCAGUUGGAUCCUAUUUCUUACGUUUCUCUGCUGCUCCUUAGAAGUUAGAAUGUGACACUGCAGGUUCAUUUCAGGCUCACUAACAAGCCAAGUGUCGGGGAGUCUGGCCUCUGGUCAUUGUGCUUACAAAUGUUUUGCUUACAGAGGAUGUGGACUUUAGUUUGUUGUUCAUGGCUAUUUGUUGACAUUAAGGUCACCAGAUGUGACCUGUGAAUGUACUGUCAAGUCUUUUUAUCAUGUUACUGGAGAAACUUGUCUUCAACAGUUUGUUUUUCCAAUUAAAAAUAGCUGUGACGAUUAGGCAUAACUUGCAUGUGUGAAUCAAAAACAAUGGAACCUAGGGGUGUGUAUUUUUCAUUAACAGUAAUGCACAUUUUCCAGUUA